AUGGACGAGAAGGAGAUUGCCGGCUAUCGCCGGUUAACCUUUGCAGGAGUUGCCGUGUCCGCUGUGGCAACAAUGACGUCCAUUGUGGUCGUUCCCUUGCUAUUCUCUUACGCACAGAAUGUACAGUCCCACCUCGAUGUCGAACUGCGGUUCUGCGUUAUGAACACACACAACCUAUUUGAUGAAAUGAAGAAGGUCGAAGAGGUGACCGGUCAAAAGAGUCGUAUCAAACGUCACGGAUACAGAGCUGCACAGUAUGGGUAUCAGGUAGACAUUCCUUUGAAAGUAUUCAGGCAAAAAGAUUCACAUAAAAUUAAGGAAUAUGUACAAGGGAAGUUGCUAAUGGAA